UUGACGGCGCCAUGUAAUGGUUGGAUUGAAAAUGUGGAGGUAAGUUUGUACGAGGUCGAGUUUGCAAAAGUUUGCAAAAGUAAGAUACUUUAGUUGAGUUUUCGUUAGUCUAGCACGAGCCACUGCUCAGGAGACACCAAUUGGAGGAUUUUUUUCUUCCAAGUGAGAGAGAAAAUUAAAAUUAAAAAAUAAAUAUGCCGACACAUCGUCAGCCCAAGUCCCUUGAGGGACUUAGUAUGGGACGAGUGUGCCAGCAGCUUGAUUUGACGUGCCGGCGUUUACAAAGAUUAUCGCAGGAGACAUCAUCAAGUCAAAUAUUAACAUUGGCCAAACAAACAAUAAGACCAUACUAUGUUAAAUCAUUACCAGCAUCAUUACGUUCACGUGUUAUUGAAGAAACAUCUAAAAUGCUUUAUGGACCAGCACCAGAUGGAUCAACACUAAUAUCUGGACCAGCACCAUUGUAUCUUCAUGUAUUACUACUUGGUCAAGAUAUACGACAAUUAAAAAUUAAUUUAUGUUGUUAUUAUGGAUGUAGUCAUCAAACAUCAUUACUUAAACUUCUUGCUAAUGAAGGUAUUGGUAUUGAAUCACUUGAAUUAGCACGUUCAGCAUUAUUAAGACUUGAUUGUAAAUUAUUACGUUCAGCACUUUUAAAUAUGAGAAAUUUAAAAAGUUUAACACUUCGUAAUAUUGCUAAUGAUGCAGUUUUACAAGUUGUUGGUAAAACAUGUCCAAAAUUAAUUAUUCUUGAUGUAUCAUGUUCAAUGCAAGUUACUGAUAUUGGUCUUAAACAAUUACUAUUACAAGUUGAAUUACGUGAUAAAAUAACAUCUACAAAUUAUGAUUAUAUUCAUCAUCAUCAUCAUCAUCAACAACAACAACAAGAUGAAGAACCAACAACAUGGUCAAAAUUAAAAAUAAUAAUAUCAAAAUUUAAAGUUAAAAAAAAUCAUAAAAGCCAUAAAAAUUAUCCUGGUACUGUGUUACUUGAAUAUUAUGAGAGUAAAAAUAAUAUUUGUAAUACAUUAAAAAUUCUUAAUGUUGCAAAUACUGGUGUUACAAGUGGUGGUGUAUUAUUGGCAUUGGCACAUGUACCAAAUUUAGAAUCAUUAGCUGAUUAUAAUCAUAUGGGUAGAGUUGUUGAGAUAAUGAAUAAAGGUGUUAUUAAUAUUGCAACACCAUUUAAUUUAAUACAAGCAAGAAGUAGCAGAACAACAUCAUCAAGACUUGAGCUUUUAUCUCAAACAUGUCCGCGUAUUGAAAAGCUACAUAUAUCUGAGCCACAUCAUUCACCAAAAUAUUUAAGUUUAUUUAAAAAUAUAACAAGUCUAAGUAUUCACAGUAUACCAGCAAAGUGUCAUUGGAUUAAUGAAUUUUAUGAUUAUAUCAAAGUUGAUGGUCAAUGUUUAAAAGAAUUAAAUUUACGUGUUAUACAAAGUGAAGAGACACCAUUGAAAUUAGACUUGAGACAAAUAUAUUUAUACUGUCAAAGUUUAAUAACACUUACAAAUGAUGGUGCAAGUGUUGUUUGGCUUGAUGGCAAUGAACCAUCAUCAUUGUGCUCAUUAAAAAAAAUUCAUCUUGGUCGUACUGUCACAGCUAUGACAAUUGAAAAAAUUAUUAAAUAUUCACCAGCACUUGUUUCACUUCAUGUACAUAGUUGUUUUGACAUAACAAAUAGUCAUAUUGAAUCAUUUAUUAAAAAUUCAUUAAAUGAUAAUUGUUUUGUUGAAAAUUUAUCAUGUUUUUAUAUUUAUGAAGCAAAUAAAUUGACAGCUAAUAUUGUACUUGACAUGUUCAAGUAUUGCAAGAGACUUAAAAAAAUUGGCAACUUGGCUAAUUGGGGUCUUGAUUGUGAAGGAAUUAAAUGUAUUAAAAAAACACUUGCACAAGAUAAUUUAAAUGUUGAACUUUGUCCAGGAUCACAUUGGUUUUGGAGCAAUUGUAUACAUUAGAAAUAUCUACGCUUUUUUUUUUUCUUUUCGUCGAAAUUUUUUUUUUAUAUUAAUUAAAAUAAAUAAAAGAGAAAAAUUUAUAUUGCCAUUGUGAGUAUUAAUUUGUUUUUUGUAUUUGUCAUUUAAUAAUAAAUUUUAUAUUGACUUACU